AUUUUCUUAGCCAGUCUACCGACUCUCCGCUGAUCGCUGGGUCUCCGAGAUUGCGGACCGAGCGACACCGCGAAAAUCGGAACCAUCUGCAGAUUUUCCACUUGGUUCUUGCAUUCUCAACGUUGCAGUGCAACACUCGGACCAUACGUCCGGUUUAAUUGUUCACGUUUGGGCGAGUUUUAUAGGCUAUUUUUUCGCGGGAUAUUCGGUGCCUCGAAGGAUCAACAGUGAGGCAGCUGAGUCGCAUUUUAGGUAGCAAUUGAUAAAUUAGCGCCUGUAACACAAUGAUCGCCAUGCUUCCCUCUUUGAGUGUCUGUCUUCUGGUCAUCAAUUUCUGUUUAACCGAUGCUACCUUACCCAGUUACAUCAAACCGUGUAAAAGGACUGAUGCCGGCCUCAAUGAAUGCGUCCAAAGAACUUUCGAAGACUUACGACCCCACCUAAAAAAAGGGAUCCCGGAGCUGAACGUGCCGCCGAUCGACCCCCUGUUUUUGCCGGAAAUUGUUGUGGCCGGCAGCGUGGAAAAGGGUCGCGGACAGCCUUUGAGAGCCGUCGCCACGAACGUCAAAGUCCUCGGCGCCGGCGACUACAAAGUCCAAAAAUUAGUGGUGGAUCUCAAGAAAACAAUUUAUUAUGUAAAUAUGACCUUCCCCUUUUUGAAAAUCGAGGCGAAUUACGACAUGGAUGCCAAAAUCCUCAACAUUCCCUUGAAAGGCAGAGGGCCUUUGAAAGCAAAUGCAACAAAUGUUCGAGCUAACAUUGUGCUUCAUGGCGCAAAAGUAAAAAUUGAGGGAACAACCCAUAUCCAGUUCCACUCUAUGGAAACAGACUUGCGCAUAGGAGACUACAAAAUAAGGCUCUUUAACUUAUUCAAUGGAGAUCCUACGCUCAACAAUGCAAUCAACGCAGCUAUCAACGAAAACAAACAAGAGUUCAUGAAAACAUUGAAACCACUCGCUGAAGAUACCGUUGCGAAGUAUAUUCUUGAAAACCUGAAUAAGAUCUUCAGUAAAUUCACCUUUGAAGAGUUUUUCCCCAAAUAAUUUUACCAGUGAUGUCAUUUUUUAAACCUUAGGGUUUAGUAGUUACCACCAAUACUCUCUUAAGAAAAAUGGACUACCUCACGACGAUGAAAAAAUUCGUCAAACAACUUAGUUCUUAUGGUGAUCAAAUGUAUCGCAAAUAUUGAGUCGAAACCACAAGAACAGCUUAAAAAUUUCAUGGUUUAACUCGCGCUAAACUGCAUCGAAGACCUGAGACUGAAAUUUUGUUGCAAGAUGAACUUUUCGAUAUUGUGAUACUUGCCCAUGCACAUGGCUCGAUUAAAAGGUCACUUGAAUGACUUAAGAGCUUUUUGGAAAGGAAAUUAGAAAAGAAGAAAAAUCAAUUUACAGAAUUCUCAGGUUACCUUCUUAAUCAUAAGACAAGGUGUAUGCAUAAAAAAAGAAAAUCAUGUACACAGCUAGUUGAGUCGCCUUCAAUUAAAGUAGACGCAAUGCCACAUACCUCAACGUAUUUAACGCGUUCUUUUACCAGUCAUUAUAAGAUUUUAACGUAAGGAAGACGUCCUUUGACAAAGAUUUAGUGUAUUCAAAGAACCGCUAGUGCGGCCUAGUAUUAAACAAGGGGUUGUGAUUUUUUCUUCUUUUUUGCACACACCCAACAUUAUUUUUUUUUUAAAUUUCCCAUCAGACUAGAAAUUAGAUCGUUCUUGUUAUGUUAAAAAGACGUAAAGAUAAACGUUAGAUCAUAUGAUUGCUGGACGAUAAUUUUUUUUCAUUAUUUUACGGGUGAUAUUAGAAAUGAACAGAAAUGAAUUAGAAAUAUGCAUAAUUGUUUUAAGAAAAAAAAAAGGAAAGAAAAAUUAUUCUUAAACGCCUAGCUGAAAGUUUUCAGACCUUAAAACACUUCCAGUAAUAGAUAAAUGAAAAAUUGCUGUAUUUAAAUAAUUUUCGCUGUAAAGUAAAAAAUGGUCACGUAUAUAAAAUGAUUAUCAGUCUAAUUUGGAUGAAAAAGUGGCUGAGCUUUUCUUUUUCCUAUGAGGUGUGAAAUUGAGAUUUUUUUAGAUACUUUUCUGUCUUUUUGCGUGUGUCUUGCAAACGUUCCUGAAAUAAACACGGACAUUACGUUGUGCCACUUGACAUAUGAGAUGUGAUUGUGAUUGUAUGAUCUUCAACUCUGUCGUUUUUUAACUAGGUUCAUAAAACUGUUUUUUACCCAAUA